AUGCUGGACGUCAUCAUUGUUGGGGCUGGUAUAUCCGGCCUGACAUGCGCAGUUACCUUGGCCAAGUACACGCGCAUCCGAGUGACGAUAUUAGAGCGAGCAGAUGCCAUGGACAAGGCCGGAAACGGUAUCCAGGUGCCAUGUAAUGCUGCUCACGCGAUGCGAUGUCUCGGGCUGUUGGAUAAACUCCUCGCUAAAACGAACGGGCCGGCAACGACGUUUCUUAAUCUAAGGUACGACGACGGCAAGAUACUUCUACAUAAAGAUUUGACUGUGUGCGAGGGACUCUACGGUGCACCAUGGCUGUUGAUCCAUCGAGCGGAUUACAUGACGGUGCUCCUGGAUGAAGCCCAGCGAGUGGGAGUCCGAAUCAAGCUCGGCUGCGAUGUGGACAGCGUCGACUUCGACACACCAUCUGUCAGACUCAAAAGCGGACAUGUCUACCAAGCCGAUGUCAUAGUUGGCAGCGAUGGAAUCAACUCGACCGUUCGCUCCAUCAUGCACCCGUCGAUACAGCCCAUCCCAACCGGUGAAUAUGCCUACCGCACGCUCUUCGCCCGCUCGCAACUCUCGUCUCCAUCCUUCCAGCACCUCCUCUCCACGGCCGGCACCUCCCGCUGCUGGAUGGGCCCCCUCGCAAACGCCGUCUUCUACCCGCUCCAGGAUGGCACCCUCUUCAACCUGGUCAUCGCCAUUGCCAACCCACACUUCAACAGUACCUGUGAUGAGAAGGCCCUCCUUUCCUCUGUGCGAGCCUGGCUCUCCGGCUGGGACCCGACUCUGCUCGAGAUGCUCGACGCAGCAAGCCACCUCGUCCGCUUCCCGCUCUACCAAGUCGACAAUCUGCCCUUCUGGUCCAAGGGUUGCGUCACGCUCACGGGGGACGCCGCUCACGCCAUGCUCCCACAUCUGGCACAGGGCGCGGCGACAGGCGUCGAGGACGGCUUUAUCCUAGGCACUCUGCUCGGUCGACUGUCCCAGCAUGUGUCAGACUCGACGCCACAUGUGGUGCUGCAGAACCAGCUGCAGACCGUUGUCCAUGCGUACGAACAGCUGCAGCAUAGUAGGACAGCGCAGAUUGCUUCCGGGUCCCGCUUGACGGGUAUGCUGGACCAUUUGCCACAGGGUCCGGACCAGAGGGCCAGAGAUGCCGAGUUUUCCACGUACGAUCCCACGAGGACGGUGAGUGCCAUGCCGUGGAUCGACGCCCGCACGAACAGAAAGUUGCUGGGGAGAAAGGUGGACGAGGUUGCCGAGGCUCAGUUUGCACGGCUGGUGACCGAGGGCGGAUUAGAUGACUAUAGACUGAAGUUAUAG